UGUUUUCGUGUAUUUGGCAUAUACUAUUUAGAGUAGAGCGAAAAUAAUAAAAUGUUUAAUGAUACAUAUUGUUUGUUAUGCCUAGAAGGUUCAAAGAAGCUAGUAGACUUAGAUCCCAAAGAAGACAAAGGUUUAAAUAAGCGAGAAGUCAUUGAGCUACAUUUCAAGGAAGAGCUGGAGAUAAUGUCUCAGAUUGAGGCGCGAGUGGUUUGUCGCGAAUGUUGGGAAUUAGUUCAAUCAUUUCAUGAAUUUUAUGUGCGCGUGCAGCAAGUCUAUAGAGAAGCUGCCAACACCUUGAAAAGGAUAGUCAAUGUGGAGAAUGAAGAAAUAGAAAUAAAAGAAGAGUUUGUGAGUAUCGAUAAAGAACAAUCACCACCUCGGCGUCGAAGGGGUAGACCUCGGAGACAGAAAAAACUCGAAGCCGUCGAAGUUGUCUGUGAACCCACUUUAUCCCUUACAGAAUAUCAAGUUAAAAUUGAAGAAUUAAUACUAACCGCUCCGACUAAUUCUAAAAAUGCCUGUCCACCAAAUGAUAUUGCUUCAGAUUCGCUAGAAAUUAAAGACGAGGCUUUAUUAGAAGAAUUUAUGGAUAAUACUAUGUUUGCAGGCGCUUCAGACUCUGAUGAUAUAGAAAGUGAGAAUGAAGACCAGCCAGGAAAGCGGAGAUCUGAAAAGGUUAACAAACGGAAAGGAGUAAAUAAAAAAACGACAGAAUCAGAUGAAUAUAUUGCGAAGAAAAAUUUUAAAUUUACCUGUUGUAUUUGUAAAAUUCUACUUUCAAACUUCAAAGAACUAAAGCGUCAUUUCCGCAUCGAACAUCAAACCAGAGGUUAUGUACUUUGUUGUGGAAAAAAAUUACCCGAACGGAGUUUAUUAAUCGAUCACAUUCAUUUUCAUGAAGAUCCGGAUUAUUUUAAGUGCAAACACUGCGGAAAAAGAAUGUCGGAACGUCGUAGUCUUGAUUUGCAUCUUCAAUAUGCACAUGGUAAUCGGGACCGAGUUCAUCGAUGUUCAAUAUGUGCUAAAAGUUUUUUUCGUGCUUCUUGCUUGAAACAGCACUAUAACACUCAUGUUACGGAAGAACAAAAAACGGUACCAUGCUUGGAGUGCGACAAAACAUUUCCAGAUGGCGCUGAAUUGAGAAAGCACAUGAGACUUACACAUUUGAAUUCAUAUGCAAAAAUAUGUGAUAUUUGUGGUAUAUCAAUAAAAGGUAGGGACGCUCUUGAAAGGCAUCAAUCAGAGCAUGCAGGUAUCCCGCGUAAGCUAAUAAAAUGUGAUUUAUGCGAUGCUGCACUUACUACAAAAUACGGUUUAGCACGUCACAUGAAGACCAUGCAUACAGAAGAGUAUCAAACGCCGCAAGUUUGCCCUAUUUGUUCCAAAGUCUCACCAUCUCUACAGGCUCAUCGUAACCACAUAAAAUAUAUGCAUUCCUUACAAAGGAAACAUGUGUGCAAGUUAUGCGAUAAGGCAUUCAAAAGACUUACCGAUUUCAAAGAGCACAUGGCGACCCAUACCGGAGAAGCACUAUAUACCUGUAGUUUUUGCCCGCAAACAUUUAAAUCAAAUGCCAAUAUGUAUUCGCACCGAAAGAAGAAACACGUGAAGGAGUGGGCUGAGCAAUGCGCGUUGAAAAAAAGUUUAGCAGUACCUUUAAAGCAAGCUACUUCAGUUGAUCACUGAAGCCAUAUUUGACGCACUGCAUGAGAGAAAUUUUUGAAUAAAAUAAAACAAUGAAUCAAACAAAAGAUAUCAUAGAUCAGACCUCACACUGCUUUAUGACUUAAUUCAUAGCAAUAGAUUUGAGCAAUUAAUUUAAUAAAUAAAACACAAAGCAAAUGUA